AUGAAACCUUCGUCGUUCCGCAUUUUAUCCGAAUGUGGAUUGCAAGGCCAUGUUCAACGUCGUUCCUUGUCAUUCUGUACCGUCCUGGCUAAACAGAAGAAGGAAUGGGAUCUAUCCGAUCCCAAGCAAUUGGAGUUGUACAAAUUGUAUCGACCGGAGAGAGUGACCCCCAAACAAAGAGGAGUAGAUCUUCUCAAAACUCCUGGCUUGAAUAAGGUGGGAUUAUUUUCAAAAUAUUUUAAUAAAUUCAUCAAUUUUUACAGGGAAUGGCCUUCAGUCUCUAUGAGCGGCAAUAUCUCGGCGUCCACGGUCUUCUUCCUCCAGCCUUUAUGACCGAGGAACAGCAAGCGUAUCGUGUCAUAACCAAGUUGAGACAACAACCAAAUGAUUUGGCUCGUUACAUCCAGCUUGAUGGGUUACAAGUAAAUUAGAUUUAAGCAUGAAUUACUGUUCAGGAUCGGAAUGAGAAGCUCUUUUAUCGAGUAUUGGUUGAGAACAUCAAGGAGCUGAUGCCCAUUGUUUACACGCCUACUGUAGGACAGGCUUGUCAACAUUUCGGAUUCAUCUACCGUAAUCCGAAGUAAGAACGAUUGCGUCGAAAUUAUCUUUUAGGGGACUUUACAUCACCGUGAACGAUUACUCAAUCUCCAAGAUUUACCAUAUCCUGUCUAACUGGCCACACGAAGAUAUUAGAGUAGGUUAUACUCGUAUCACUGUUACGCAUGAUUUCAGGCUAUCGUCGUCACCGAUGGCGAACGUAUUCUUGGACUUGGCGAUCUUGGAGCUUAUGGAAUCGGAAUCCCCGUCGGAAAGCUAGCGUUGUACGUAGCUUUGGCUGGAAUACAACCACGUUGGUGUCUGCCCAUCCUUUUGGAUGUUGGCACUGAUAAUAAUGCAAGUAAAACUGAAAAUUCUGUGACUGCUUUAUAGGAACUUUUGAAUGAUCCCUUCUAUAUUGGUCUAAGACGCAAUCGCGUUCGAGGAGAGCAAUACGAUAAGUUCCUGGACAACUUUAUGAAGGCUUGCACUAAGAAGUAAGUCGUUUUUUAAAUGUAGUGAACUCAUCUUAUGAUUGAUCGAUUUUUAGGUUUGGUGCAAACACGCUUAUCCAAUUUGAAGACUUUGGAAAUGCAAACGCCUACAGAUUAUUGGACAGAUACCAAGAUCAAUACUGUAUGUUCAAUGAUGACAUCCAAGGAACCGCUUCGGUUGUUGUUGCCGGUUUACUCGCAGCUACUAGAGUGACCAAGCGCAAGAUGAGAGAUACGAAGUACGUUUUUUUGGGUGCCGGCGGUGCCGCAACAGGAGUCGCAGAGAUGUGUGUAAGACAAAUGGAAAGCGAAGGGCUCAGUUAUAAAGACGCCUGUGAAAACAUCUUCCUCAUCGAUAUCGAUGGGCUGAUUACAAAGACCAGGUAAAUAUAAUUACUUUUUUUCUACUUGAAUUUAGGAGCAAUAUAAACCCUCGUCACGAACCUUUCGCCAAAGCUAUGGCCGACACCAAGGAUCUUCUCCAAGUGGUCCAGGAAGUUAAGCCCCAUGCCUUGAUCGGAGCUUCGACUUGCCGUGGUGCCUUUACUGAAGAGAUUGUAAAGACUAUGGCUAAGAAUAACCCUCGUCCAAUCGUCUUUGCUUUGUCGAAUCCCACCAGCAAGGCUGAAUGUACUGCUGACGAAGCUUACAAAUGGACUAAUGUAAGGAUUAAAGAGUAAUCAGAUGUUCUUGUUUUAGGGUGCCGUUUUGUUUGCCUCAGGCUCUCCAUUCCCCAACGUAGAGCUGAAUGGACGAUUGUUCAAACCCGGCCAAGGAAACAAUGCCUACAUCUUCCCUGGUGUAGCUUUGGGCGUAAUCCUAUUCCAAAUCAACCAUGUUGAUAAUAAGCAUUUCUUAUUGGCCGCCAGAACUGUUGCCCAAAAUGUGACCGAAAAGAAUCUGAGCGAAGGGAGAAUUUACCCAAGAUUGAAGGAGAUUCGGGAACUUUCAAUCCAGAUUGCUACCCUCAUCGCCGAAGAAUGUUACAAGGUAAGGCACGCUUAAUUUUACAGUAAUACUCUGCAAUGAUACGUAUUUCAGGAUGGUACUGCUUGCCUCUAUCCCGAACCAUUAGAUAAGGAGAUGUAUAUCCGAUCCCAGAUCUAUAAUGUCGAAUACGAUGACCUGAUCAACAAAACCUAUCAAUGGCCCGAGAAGGAUAUGAAACACGGGUUCCCGGUCCCAGUCGUGCGAAGAGACAGCAUGGACGACUGA